AUGGCAAGAAAGAGAAAGGUUGCUGAAGCAGUUGAAGAGAGCAAUCCAUCUGAGGCAACAAUGGAAUGGAAUGAGGUGAUGAAGGAAGCUGCAGCACUAGGAAGUGCAAGGAGAUCCAGAAAGAGAUUUGUUGGUGUAAGACAAAGGCCAUCAGGAAGAUGGGUAGCUGAGAUUAAAGAUACCAUUCAGAAGAUAAGGGUUUGGUUAGGUACUUUUGAUACUGCUGAGGAAGCUGCUAGAGCUUAUGAUGAAGCUGCUUGCUUGCUUCGUGGUGCCAAUACUAGAACAAACUUCUGGCCUUGUUCUCAAUCUUCCUCAACUCCUGCACUUCCCUCAAAGAUUACCAAUAUCCUCCUUCAAAGGCUUAAAGCUAGGAAUAACCCUUCCUCUCUUUCUUCUUCUUCUACUUCUACUUCCUCUUCCAGUUCUCUUUUUAUCAACCACCAACAAAAGCAACAAGAAAAUGCAUAUGGAGCUGAGUCAACUGAUUUCUCAAUUGACCAUUUCACAGAUUUCCUUAAUGAUCAUGAAGAUUAUAGCACAAGCAACAAUGAAUUUAGUAAUAAUAGUGCACAAAUUGAUUACAUCACAAGUAGUUUUGAAUCAUGUUUAACUGAAAAAGAUGGCUGCAGGGAAAAGGAAAUGGAUUUGGAAUGUAAUUUCAGCAGUGUGAAACAAACAUCAAGUGCUGCAUUCAAUUCAGGAAGGGAAAGAGAAGAAGACAGUGAAGAAGGCAUUGAUUUGAGUGCACAGGAUUUUCAAUUCCUUGACAAUGUUGUUCCAUCAAGUUACUAUUCUCCUUUUGAAAUUGCUGAAGAGAUUGAGGAGCCUGUGGAGCCAGAGAACUAUGGUGAUGAGCCUUCAAUGCUAAGGGAUGCAAUGAAGAGAAUGAAAUAUGAGAGGAAGUUCUCAGCUUCCCUAUAUGCCUUCAAUGGGAUACCUGAGUGCUUGAAGUUGAAACUUGAAUCAGGAAACAAAAAGGGAAAAGGACUUUCUGAUCAACUAACCAACCUCAAGAUGGCUUGUAGCAAAAACAAAAUUGAGGGUAAUAAGAUGGAUAAAGAAUACAUGGGAGCUGUGGAUAGGAAAGAGGAAGAAAACCUACAAACAUCAAUUGGCAUGGAUUCCUCUUCUUCUUCUUCUUCUUCUUAUUCAUCCAGUUUUGAUGGAGAUCUGUUGUUUUGGAAUUCACUUGAUCUUCCUAAUAUUUGCUUUGUUAACAUGCUGCUAAACGGUUCAUUCAAUUAG